GGUCGUUCUCACUUUCUUCUCUUGCCUCUCCCUCAAACGACAGCCUUCGCUGCUGCUCCACCCUCUUCACGGAAACCGGAAAACUCCCGAAAAGAAAGUUUUUUCUUCUUUUGGAACAAGAGUUUUCCACUAUUUUUUGAAAAAAGAAUAUUGCUCAUUUAUUAUUGACUAUUGCUACUUAGGAAAAAUUUGUUGCUACAGAUUUUAAUUUUUCGGAACCGGCUGAAUUUAUAGUUCAGAAUUUUUUUCCUGUUUGUUUUUCUCUGAGAAAAAGUGCUCGAACAAUAAAAAUGCUGUUUAUUACUGUGGUUUUGUGCCUGAUGGUCACAGUGCUUGCAACGCCCAUUUCACAGUUUGAUGAAGCUCAAUUAGAAGAAGAAAUGAAUCUACUUGAAAAUGUUCAACUAGAAUUGGAUGAAACAGGAACUUGCAUCUUUGUGAAGUCUGAAGAAGGCAUUUAUACAUUUAAUUCUCCUGGUACAGGAGAACAAGUAUGUGGUCUGUACAUGAUAGCUGAAGCAGACAAGCAAGUGGAGUUUGAAUUUCAAUCAUUUGAUAUUUCUUGUACCAAAGGAGGUUUGCUUAGUGUUAUAGAUGGCUGGGAGCUGAAUGGUCAGUUCUUUCCCAGUCCAGAAGAUCACCCUGUACGAGCUGAAAACAGAUUUAUAGAGUUCUGUGGUAAAAUGAAACCUAGAAGAAAUUUCAAGACGUCCCAAAACGUUGGUCUAAUAGAAUUUCGAAUACCUGCGAAGGGUCAAGGCUUUUCUGUCCAUGUCAAGUUUCAUUCCAAUCCUAAACCUUGUAACGCUGUUCUACAAGAUCCUCAGGGUACAUAUACUCUGAGAAACUACAACCGGAAAUCGAAUUGUAGUAUAUCUGUCAUUUUUCCUUUGAGUGUAAAUAUAUUGGCAACAUCAGUUGGCGUACAAAGUGGAUGGCCUCAAAAAACAUUGGAUAUUGAAACUGGAUUACUUACAAAGUGCCGGAAACGAGGAAUUCAUGAUUACGUUGAAAUUCGAGGAGGAGAUGGUUUGGAUCCUAAUCUUAUGAAAGUGGCUGUCGACUAUUGUGGAAUGCGAUCUCUGCCUAGUGAAACUCCGAUUACCGUGGCUUGUGGUAACACAGCUGUUCGACUGAUAUCAAGUGGGCAUUUUGAGAACUCCAUCACUUUCAGUUUUGACAUCCCCUCGGAUUUUUCAUCACUUGAUUUAGUCUGCCCAUCUUUUCUGUCAGUUCUCUGAAGCUGAAACACUCGAGGUUGUUUCCAGCAUCUAUUUGAACGUCCUGAUUUUCUGUAGCAACACAAUUAAUAUAAUAAAUGCCAAAAUGAAAGAAAAAAAAAGAAUGAACCCCCAAAGAGUAAAUUCAGUCCAUAUAUUUGUUUAUUAGAAAUGUCAAAUUGUGAAUUGGUACUAAAAAUAUUUGCAAGGACUGUACAGUUAAAAAUAAAACAAUGAAAAGAAAACUUUGUUUUGGACGUAUUGUUUCAGUUCAUCAAGUCAAAUGUAAACCAAGUAAUCUCAGUGUUAAUCUGCGUGUGUCAAUGUUUUAUGAUCUAGUCAUCAAGUAUUGAUGUAUUUUAUCGCACAUUCAUGUAACUUUAGAGUAUUUUGUGUUCUUUUCAGAAUUGUACACAUUGCUGUCUAUCAAUGAAAAGUAUGAAUAAUUA